AUGUCCACUCCUGUCCCGCCCACGCACGUAUACAAAGCCAGUGACCCACCUCAGCUGCAUCAAACUUCGAUGGAGGCUCUUCAGGAAUACUUCAUGCGCCUGGAUUACUACAACCGGUGCGUGGCCCGUGUACCCGUCACUUCCGACCAUGACAAGAUCGAAGGCGCUGGUAUGGGGUUGCAAGUCCUGGCGCUCAAAACCUGGGUCUCUCAAGGGUUGAGCAAACACCUUGCUAAACCGUACACCCAAUUCAAGUCGGAGUUGAUCCGCCGCGCCGUGCCCGCCAAUUUCGUCUGGACGCAACUCGAGGUGUUGCACCAGCAACGCCAAGUGACGGGUCACGAUGUACACGCGUUCCAGGACUUCUCCAAUCGAAUGCGCGUCCUCCAGAUGGAGAUUGGGUUCCAGGUCGUCUCAGAUCAGGAACUCGCCAAGCUUGUUCUCCUUGGCACCGAUCCCAAGCUGUGCCAACUCCUCCGCAUGCAUGUCGUCUCGUCGCUAGCUGGAUGGUCCGACCUCUCAUUCGAGAGACUCGCUCUCGAUGCUCCCGCACUCCAACAACAGCGGCCGAACACACGACCAACGGCCUUCGCAACGGCGACGAUGCGACCAGUCCCCACCACCGCCCCAGCCUCGGGGGGACCCCGUCCCCGGCUCACCGCCGAGGAGCGCGCCUACCUAGACGCGAACCAUGGGUGCUAUCGCUGCCGCGCCCUCAAUGCGGAUCACAUGUCGAGCAACUGCCCCUGCUAUGCCCCUGCUUCAGGAAUGCCCGCCACCUCGUUGACUCCCCUGUCGACCGCUCCCGCCGCUCGCACUCGUCCUGGUAUGGUGGCGGCCAUCCAGAUGUUCCAAGAAACGGGUGAUUCAACCGCGUUUGCUGGCCUCAACAGUGACUCGGAAGACGAUGAUUACUCGUACGCCCCUCGCUUGUUCCCGCCUUUACCCGUCUCUCUGCGUGGUGCUCAUGGUACCAUCACUGCCUCGGCCCUCAUAGAUUCGGGGUCGCCUCAAACGUUCCUCAGUGAGGACUUCGUUCAGCGAUUGGGAUUGAAAAAACGGGCCUUGGAACAGCACACGAAGUACACUCUUGCAAUGCAGAACCAAGUUCCCACUGUCUUCACCUGCACGCAUUUUGUUCGAGUUCCGGUCGAACUGGCUAAUGGACGUUGGGCGGCGGGCCCGACGUACGCCGAAGUGGCGCCCCUUGGGAGGGACCUCGAGCUUAUUCUGGGAGGCAACUUCAUCUACACGCACAAGAUUGACCUAGGUUAUUUCCCACACCGCCACCUCACGUGUAAGAAUAACCCAGAGGAGCCAAUUGACCUGCUUGAACUAUCGUCACAGCCGCGCGGCACGUCGCCCGUGGCCGCUAUCGCGCCCGUCAACGAAGACGAACAGCUCCGCCUUGCCGCGCUCGACCAGCGCCUGCGCGCGGUUUACGCUGAUUGCUUCCCUGACAACAUUCCACCGGUUGCCACCUAUCAAUUCCCGGUGCGACACCAUAUCGAGCUUGACAACCCGUGCGGCUAUCCGGUUGCCAAACACCACCGCCAGGCAUGGUACCUGCUGCUUCAAAAGCACCUCGCAAGUGGCCGUCUUCGCCCCUCACGUUCGCCGGUGUUCAUCAUCCCCAAGAAGGGCUCGGAUGUGGACCCGACCAUUGCACCGCGAUGGGUGAACGACUGCCGCCACCUCAAUUGGCACACCAUCAAGGACCGCACACCCUUGCCCCUGGCCGAUGACAUCCUGUCGACGUGCUCCAAAGCGCAGUUCUGGGCCAAGAUUGACAUGACCAACUCCUUCUUGUUGAAUUGCAUUCUGUCAAGCCUUCGAACACUUCGACAUCGGACCGCCGUUUGA